AUGCCUGACGAGUUCCUCACCAGCAACCCCCCCCCGCUCUGGAUCACUCUCUACCACAUAGUCACCCGCCUCCCCGACUCCCUGCGCAUAGUCAGGGACCACUUCCUCUCUCGCUCCCCCACUGAACUCACCAUUGCCCUCCUCGAGAAGGAACUGCUUGCAGCUGAGGCGAGCAUCGUCGCUGUAGGCACCUCUCGUGGCGACCCCCGCACCCCGUUCUUUGAGGGGUGUUCCCCUUCCCCUCUCCUCCCCUCUGUCGCCUCUGCUGCUGCUGUCGACCUCCUUGGUGCUGAGAAGGUCGGGGCCGCGUCUGCUUCGAGCGGGCGCCGCAAGAGCAAAGGGGGCAAGGGUGGAGGUGGCGGCGGAGGAGGUGGGGGUGGAGGCGGUGGGAGUGGAGGAGCGGCUGGGGAGGCUAGUGGCGGCAGUGGGGGUGGUGACAGCAGCGGCGGGAGUGGCGGCAGGGGUGGAGGCGGCAGCGGAGGCGGAGGUGGUCGUGGCAGCGGCAGGGGUGGAGGUGGCCGAGGCGGUGGCGGCGGCAGUGGUGGUCGUGGAGGCGCUGGCGGUGGCCAGAGUCAGCAGCCCGCCCCGUCGCUUCAGGCCGCCCGUGAGUGGUAUGCGCAGCGUGGCUUUACCUGCACGUACGUCAUUCGCACUGGUGACCGCACUGGCCAGCAGUGUGGGAGGCCGCAUCCCACACAGCGCUGUUUCGCGCGCCUUACUGACGCGUGGCGUGCCCAGUUCCCUGACGGCAAUGAGCUGCCCCGCUGGUUUGAUCUGGAGAAGAAGGGAAUUGAUAUCUGGGCUUUAGACUUUGAUGCUAUUCUCACUGCCAUGUAUGCUAUGUUUACUAGUGGAGAGGGUGCUCAGUACUUGCGUGUUCCGCCCGACCCGGGCAUUCAGACCAGUCCGGCUGCCGCUCUAGGUGCUAGUGAGUCUGCUGCCCCAGGUCCUGGUGAGGCUGCUGCUCUAGGUGCUAGUGAGUCCGUGCCCUCUGGUACUGAGUCGACUGCAGCACUGCACACCUUCACACUGGACUCAGGUGCUUCUCGCUGUUUCUUUCGUGACCGCACUGUCCUUGAGCCACUUGCUCGGCCAGUUGCGGUCUCCCUCGCUGACCCCUCUGGGGGUCCGGUCGUUGCGACCUCCUCCACUGUCCUUCCUUGUCCUGCGGUCCCGUCAGGCACACUGUCAGGCCUCUACCUCCCCUCGUUCUCUACGAACUUGGUGGCAGGUAGUGCGCUCCAGGACGGGGGUGUUCACCAGUUCACCCCUGCUUACGAGCGCGUGACCCACUGCACGUGUGCUCGGACGGGCCGUCACCUGGCUACCUUCACUCGGCAGCCGGGGUCGGACCUGUACACACUGACCACUGAGUCCCCUCAGGUAGCUGCGUCCGCGUCUGCGUCUACGUCAGGUCAGCUGUCCGCUCCCUGCUCGUGUCGCUCUCUGGCGCAUGAGACUGUCCUCUGGCACCACCGCCUUGGUCACCCGUCUGUGCAGCGCCUUCGGGCCAUGCACAAACGGGACCUUGUUGCUGGUCUUCCCAGGGUUCUCCCUCCCCUCCCACCCUCGCCUGCUCCUCCCUGUCUUCCCUGUGUCGAGGGACGGCAGCGCGCCGCUCCUCACUCCUCCUCCUUCCCCCCGACGACUGCUCCUUUGCAGACGCUUCACAUGGACGUGUGGGGCCCAGCCCGCGUCCGUGGUCAGGGUCAGGAGAGGUACUUCCUGAUUGUUGUUGACGACUUCUCGCGCUACACCACGGUCUUCCCCUUGCGCACCAAGGGUGAGGAGGGCAUUGAGCAGUCGUUCACGCUUCCGGCCUCUCCACAGCAGAAUGGGGUUGCUGAGCGCCGCAUUGGCUUGGUCAUGGAGGUCGCUCGUACCUCCUUGGUUCAUGCGGCUGCCCCCCACUUUCUGUGGCCGUUUGCAGUCCGAUACGCUGCGUAUCAGCUCAACCUCUGGCCCCGUGUCUCCUUACCGGAGACUUCUCCGACACUGCGUUGGACGGGAGAGGCUGGCGAUGCGUCGCGUUUUCGGGUCUGGGGAUCUCGAGCUUUUGUUCGCGAUACGUCCGCGGACAAGCUCUCCCGUCGAGCUGUCCCCUGUGUCUUCCUUGGCUUUGUCCCGGACGCGCCUGGUUGGCAGUUCUACCACGCCACCUCGCGUCGUGUCCUGGCCUCUCAGGACGUCACUUUUGACGAGUCCGUCCCCUACUACCGCCUCUUCCCCUACCGCACUGCCCCGCUCCCCCCCCCGCCUCUCUUCCUCGCUCCAGGUGCUGAGGUACCAGACCCCCUCCCCCCUCAGGGUGCCGCUCCCUCAUGUGUGUCCCAGGUAGACCCGGUUGAGCCUGUCGAGGUAGCUGUUGACUCUCGUCCUGCUGGGGGUGCUGAGCCUGACCGUGAGGAGUCUGAGGGUGCUGAGCCUGGGGGUGCGGAGUCUGGAGGUGCUGAGCCUGGAGGUGCUGCGUCUGGGGGUGCUGUGUCUGGGGGUGCUGAGCCUGGGGGUGCUGAGCCUGACCGUGCUGAGUCUGGGGGUGCUGAGCUUGGGGGUGCGGAGCCUGGAGGUGCGGAGUCUGGAGGUGCUGAGCCUGGGGGUGCUGCGUCUGGGGGUGCUGUGUCUGGAGGUGCUGAGCCUGAGCGUGCUACACCUGGAGGAGCCCUCUCCUCCCAGCAGCUGCAGGAGAGGUACCUGCAGUACUGCCGCCUCCGGAGAGGUGCUGCUGGAGCUCGUACCAGUACUUCCCCUCCUACCCAGGAGCUCCCCCCCAUUCAGCAGAUCCGAGAGUGGUACGCGCGGCGCUGCAGUCUUCGGAGUGGUGCUCCUGGUACUGCAGACCCUGGCGGUGGCGCUGCUGCUGGUGCUGAGGACCCGGGCGGUGGCGCUGCUGCUGGUGCUGAGGACCCGGGCGGUGGAGCUGCUGCUAGUGCUGAGGACCCGGGCGUUGGAGCUGCUCCUGGUGCUGAGGACCCGGGCGGUGGAGCUGCUGCUGGUGCUGAGGACCCGGGCGUUGGAGCUACUGCUGGUGCUGAGGACCCUGCUGCUGCUGUCUCUACUGGUUCUGGAGACGCUGCGCGGCCGCGACCGUACUUCGUACCGCUCCUUCAGCAGGUUCUUGGUCAGGCUCCUUCUCCUUGUCCUCCUCCCUCCGUAGAGUGUCCUCCGCCUGUCCAGCCGCAGUCACAGUUACCGCCUGCCUCGCCUCUCCCUGCUCCCUCUCCUUACACUGGUCCCACGGGAGGUCUUACAGAGCGUCGUGAGCCUGAGUCUCGUCCUGCGUCGCCUGUUCGUACUGCUCGCACUGGUCGUCGUGUCCCACGUGAGCGUCCUCCUCCUGUCCCUGGCACUCACUACAUGACUCUGCGUCCCUCCACUGCUCCUCAGCGUGUCCCGCUACCGUCUCCUCCCGCUUCCUCUCUUCCUACUCUUCCUGACCCGGAGUCUGACUCCCGUCGUGCUGCCAGUCCCACUGUCACGCGCCUCCUCGCUACUGUUGUCACUGACCCUACCUUUGAGUCCUCUGCUGCGUCUGCGCUGGUCGCUGAGCUGGUUGACUUUGCUGCCCGGUGUCGUCUAGACUACGCUGCUAGCCUUGUCGCUGAGUCUGAGUCUGAGUCUGUCUGUCCUCCGUCCGUCGGGGGUGAGUGUGCUCUUGGCACGGACGUCCUUGAGGACAGACAGGAGGAGUUCCAGUGCCUUGCUGCUGUUUUGCCCCGUCUCGUGUCCUUACUAGUUGCCCCUGAGGGAGACCCGGAUGCACCAGACAUCCCGACCCCGCGCUCUUACGCUGAGGCGAUGGCGGGUCCCUACUCCUCUCAGUGGCAGACAGCCAUGGACGCAGAGAUGGCUUCCUGGAAGUCCACACGCACCUACGUCGAUGAGGUUCCCCCUCCUGGGGCGAACAUCGUCAGUGGCAUGUGGAUUUUCAGGGUGAAACGGCCGCCGGGUUCUCCUCCUGUCUUCAAGGCGCGCUACGUUGCUCGAGGCUUCAGCCAGCGAGAGGGAGUUGACUUCUUUCAGACCUUCUCCCCCACCCCGAAGAUGACCACUCUUCGGGUGCUGCUGCACAUAGCCGCUCAGCGCGACUACGAGCUUCACUCACUUGACUUCAGCACUGCCUUCUUACAGGGCAGCCUACACGAGGAGAUCUGGCUGUGUCGCCCUCCUUUGCUCAUUUCUCUCUUGCCUAGCUAG